AUUUUGACUACAUAUUAGCCACAAGCAUACUAGAUUACAUUUUCUCAUGACGGAGACACUAUGGUAGGGGUGGCAGUCGGUCGGUUUUGGUUUAACCGAAAAUCAAAAUCCCGGUUAUCGGUUAAACCGAGCCACCCUGCAUACCUGCCGACCACCAACCGUGAGAGUGGUCACGGUUAGCCGGCCAACCGACCGGUCGGUUUUGGUUUAGGCUCGGUUAGCCGGCCAACCGGAAAUUACCUUUCUAAAUAAAAAAAUAAUAAUAAUAAAAAAUCGAAAAUUUUGCACCACUCAUUAGGAGUCCUAACCCCUCGGCCCUCUCUCUCUCCCUACUCUCUCUCGAAUCUCUCUCCCUACUCUCUCUCCCGAAAAUUCUUCUUCCUUUCCAGUUUCCAGAGAAAAACGAAAAUCUAUCUCUCUCCCUACUCUCUCUGGAAUCUCGAUUCUCUUCUUCCUUUGCCUCCCCGAAAUCGCCUCCCUCCUACCCUCACCUCUCUCGUUCUGCCCUCUGCCUCCCCGUUGACGGUGACGGGAAUAGCGGCGGAACUCGGCGACAUCCUCUUUCCCCUCUUUCGUCCCUCACCGACAAAUCAACCUAGCUCCCCUAACUCGACCCAAAUCGUCGCUUCUCUCUACCUCAUCUCUUCACUCCUAAUAACAAAUCGAGGAGAAUGGAAGAAGGCCAAGACGGCGGCGGAGCGGGCAAGACGAUGGUAGGCGACGGUAGAAGAAGAGGAGAAGAAGAGGUCACCACCGGCGGUUUUCGGAGAGUCGGAGGUUGUGGAGAAGAAGAGGUCACUGCAGGGAGUGGUGGAUUCCGUUGGGGAGUCGGAGGUUGUGGAGAAGAGGAUGGCCGCGUCUUCGAUGGCCGCGGCGUCUUCGGUGGUGGCGGCGGAAAUAAGAAUCGGCUGCUGAGAGUGUAGAUCUGCUUCUUCUUCUUUUUCCUGUAUUUGGGAUUUUUUUUUUAUUGAAGAUUUGGGAAUGGGGAUGAAUCUGGACAUAUUUUGGGGAAGGUGAAGUGGGUCUCGGUUGGCCCGGUUAGUCGGAUAACCGCGGUUAAUCACCGUCGAUUACUCGGUCAACCGACCCCUCCCUUUUCCCAUCCGACCACCGACCGUCAAGGUAACCGGUCGGUUUUCGGUUAGCUGGUAACCGGCGGUUUUCGGUUAAAACCGGCGAUUACCCGCUAAUUAACCGCAAACCGAAAUGCCAGCCCUACACUAAUGAAAAAGGUCGAGAUCA